CGCUCCUCGCUCUGAGAUCAAGCCUCUCUUCCCCUCUCCGAGCCUUCACUUCAGUCAACAUGGCCACACUUGUAACCUCCACCAGGUUCACAGACGAGUAUCAGCUGUACGAGGAACUCGGAAAGGGGGCCUUCUCCGUCGUCCGCCGCUGCGUCAAGAAGUCCACGGGACAGGAGUAUGCUGCUAAAAUCAUCAACACCAAAAAGCUCUCCGCCAGAGAUCAUCAGAAACUGGAGCGAGAGGCCAGGAUCUGUCGAAUGCUCAAACAUCCAAACAUAGUACGACUCCAUGAGAGCAUUGCAGAGGAAGGCUUCCAUUACCUCGUCUUUGACCUCGUAACCGGAGGGGAGCUGUUUGAGGACAUCGUUGCGAGAGAGUACUACAGCGAGGCGGACGCCAGCCACUGCAUCAAUCAGAUCCUGGAGAGCAUCAGUCACAUCCACCAGCACGAUAUCGUCCACAGAGACCUCAAGCCAGAAAACCUUCUCCUCGCCAGUAAGAUGAAGGGAGCAGCUGUGAAGCUCGCGGAUUUCGGACUUGCCAUCGAGGUGCAGGGGGACCAGCAGGCGUGGUUCGGUUUCGCUGGAACUCCAGGAUAUUUGUCGCCCGAGGUGUUGAGAAAGGACCCGUACGGCAAGCCGGUGGACAUCUGGGCAUGUGGUGUGAUCCUCUACAUCUUGCUAGUGGGAUACCCUCCAUUUUGGGAUGAGGACCAACACAAAUUGUAUCAACAGAUCAAAGCUGGCGCCUAUGAUUUUCCGUCCCCAGAGUGGGACACGGUGACCCCCGAGGCCAAGAAUCUGAUCAAUCAGAUGUUGACCAUUAACCCUGCCAAAAGAAUCACUGCUGAACAGGCGCUCAAGCAUCCCUGGGUCUGCCAACGCUCCACUGUUGCCUCCAUGAUGCAUCGUCAAGAAACUGUUGAAUGUCUGCGCAAGUUCAACGCCAGGAGAAAACUGAAGGGAGCUAUUCUCACAACAAUGCUGGUAUCCAGGAACUUUUCAGUGGGACGGCAGCACACCAGCCCUGCUGCCACCACCAGCACGGCAGCAAUGGCUCAGGAAGCGUGCAAAACCUUACUAAACAAAAAGUCGGACGGCGUGAAGUCACAGGGGAACAGUAAAAACAGUGUAGUAAGCAGCAGCAGCACCAAAGACAGCAGCAUGUCAUCCUCCGUGCCAAUGGAAGCCCAGACAACUGUUGUACACAACCCAGCAGACGGCACCAAGGGCUCCACAGAGAGCUGUAAUAACGCCGAAGAGGAGGAGAUGAAAGGUAGGAAAGCUCGGAAACAAGAGAUAAUAAAGAUGACAGAGCAGCUAAUCGAAGCCAUCAACAAUGGGGAUUUUGACGCUUACACGAGAAUCUGUGAUCCUGGACUGACUUCUUUUGAGCCAGAAGCUCUUGGAAACCUGGUGGAGGGCAUGGACUUUCACAAAUUCUACUUUGAGAAUCUUCUGAGUAAAAACAGCAAACCGGUCCACACCACCAUCCUCAACCCCCACGUGCAUCUGAUCGGCGAGGACGCCGCCUGCAUCGCCUACAUCCGCCUGACGCAGUACAUGGACAGCCAGGGGCGGCCUCGAUCCUGCCAAUCGGAAGAGACCCGCGUGUGGCAUCGGCGCGACGCCAAGUGGCUCAACGUUCACUUCCACUGUUCAGGAGCACCGGCUGCACCGCUGCAGUGAACGGACAACCCAGGCCCAGGUUUGCCUGAACUCAAAAGCUACUUUUCUCUCCGAGGUCGGAGUGGAGCCUGGAUCCUGGCUGGGACGAGGCUCCACGGGAUUCUCAAAAGUGGGGAAAAUAUUACAAUCUUUGAAAAGGAAAAAAAAGCAGCAACAACAACAACAAAAAAACACACAUUAAAAAAAAAGUUUCAAAAGCUUGAAUGACCAACACCAAUCCAGUCCAUCCCCUUGCUAGAUGAUGAUGACGAUGAGGGGCUCAGCUGUUGGGGGCCCUGCCUUGCAGACGGUGCAUGCUACUGAUGGUUACACAGGGGUGAUGCUGCCCUGGUCCUUGUUCUCCCACGGCCUUUUUCUCCCCUCCCCCUGUCUCGGAUUUGAGUGUUAGAAAUAUAAAUAUUCAUCACCACUUCGACAGAUUUCCUGGGGCAGCGGGAAUAUUUGGAAUGAUAUGAUCACUUUGGGCCGAAGCAGAGCAGCUAAGUGCUUAAUGCAAGUAUUGUUUGUGUUUGAGUUAACUGGUAUAUGGAUGUGCUGGUAAGGUUCAAUAGGAGCCGGCAGUGUUUUAACUCCUUGUGUUACCGAAGGGACUGUUUAGGUUUGUUUGGGUUUUUUUUUUAAAUAUAUGCUGAGAGCUUUGUGUUACUUCCUAGUUGAGGGUUCAUUAUUUUAAAGCAUUCUGGGUUGACUUUUUUUUUUAAGAAACAUGGGUUUUAUUUAAUAGAACUGUCUAUAAAGAGAUAUUUAUAUUGAGGAAUCUAGGGGAAAUUAUUUGCUUUGUGGAUGUAGGAAGGGAACUUAUGCGGGUGAUUUUUUUUUAUUUCAUUUUAUUUUAAAUUCAAGCUGUAAAUACAAAGAUAUCGUCACACAACAUGCAUGCACACACGCUCACAGUCCUCCCCCCCCUGCUCUUUUAAGGUCAAGCUUUUCAGAUGCGCCGUCCGAGGGCCGGCUCCUCCUGAAGUUGCAGGAGGACUCCCCCCCCAAUCUGUUUGGUUGUCAAUGAUUCAAUCCAAACACAAGGUGGCGGCGUUGGCAAGAAUCUGAACCUUGCCUUAAAAUGUCCAAAUCUGAACGUCAAGUAGGCGUCGUGGACGCUCUCUUGGUUUCAUGUUUGUGUGUUUUUAAAGGUCAAGCAUGAUUUCUCCAACUAGCCAUUGGCCUGUACUGUUUUUCUUUUUGUUUGUUUGCACACUUAAAGACUCGAUGCUGUUGCUCUUCCGAAGGAGUGAGCCUUUCUGCAACUCCAGGUUACGCUUGCCAAAAAAAAAUAAAAAAUCUGACCGCCUCACUCUACCUCUGCCCUCUCUUCUCCCAUCGUUGACCUUCACCAAGCAGUCCAGUUGUCGUAACGCCGCGUGACGGAGACGAACCCGUCUCUUGUUUUUUUUGUUUGUUUUUUUGGUCGUGUUCUAAACUGUGUGUCGUCGGUCUUGGCUCGCUGUACUUCGGUGUGAAGUCCUGCUAAUGUAAAACAGGUUGCAGCAGAGGGAUUUGAUGGGAAGAGGGCUACAACCAGGACCUUCACUGACACUAAUCAGUGGGAUCUGGAACUUUAUUUUUUUUACUCUUAUUUUUUUUUUAAAUCAGUCUCUGUUCUAAAUGUUGUGGUCAUAAAUGUUUCAAUGUUUGCAUUUCAAUGUUUCUAGGUUGAAAAUAAAAGGAGCGGGUGACUUUUUUUAAACGAUUCGGAAAAGUUGUUAUAUGAACUGUUGUCUCCAGUCUGAAUCACAGCAUGACAGAAGCACACGAGAUCAAAGAUUCCCUCUUUCGGGGGAAAUAAAAAAAGGACAACAACGCAC